CCCACAAUACUGAUUGUAUGGGAGGUCUAGUUUCUGCGGCGCACCCCGCUUUAUCCAAAAACCUCCUCUUCCACUUACCUACUUCUGCAACCUGCUUCUAUUUAUACCUCAUUGCUUCAUCAUCUCUGCACCUGAGCGCGUUUAGGGUGUGUGUGUAAAUUCAGUAGAAGAUAAGAGAAUAUCAAGCAUAAUAUCCUCCUCAUUUUCAAUCAUGGGUAUUGCAAUGGAUGCACGUGAGUGGUGGACGGUUAGGAGGCAGGACAUGAGCAUGGCUUCCAUGCCUUCUCCUCCUCUCAACAGUAAUCAACACAGAGCAGAGCAAUACUCGCACGAUGGGGUGAAAGCGGGGGCAAAGGCAGCCACAAUUACAUUCAUAGCAUCUGCAAUCCCCGUGUUGAUGGGAGCACGGGCCAUUCCUUGGGCGAGGGCGAAUCUCAACUAUGCAGCUCAGGCACAUAUCAUCUCUUUAGUAAGUGGAGCAGCUUAUUUCGUUGUAGCAGACAAGACCAUUUUGGCGUCCGCACGGAAAAACUCCUUUGAAAAACUUGCAAGUCACGUUGAAUUUCCCCUGUAAAUGAUAGGUAAAUUGGGGAUGUAUCUAUGCUGAAAUAGAGAAAUGAGCCUGGACGAAUGGCUGGAUGUUGUUUAAGAAUUGUAGGCUGAAAGAUGGAUGUAAACGAAAGAAACAUUACCACUUUGACUUCUCACAGUUGUGAGAUGGAAUUAAUAUAGUUUUUUAAGCAUUCUUGUCAAAGAA